AUAUAAUCAUCCUUGUAGUGACAAACCACAUGUAAUGAAGUGCCCACCACCCAAUAUAUUUGUGAAUGAAUCUGUGAGUUUAACAGUUUCUGAGUCUCCUCGUGUGGCUCUCGUUCUUCUCUUGACCCAGCUGCUUAACCGAGGACACCCUUGUUGUUUCUCGCCCGGAAGUGACGAAAUCAAAGUACUGAUGGCGGCUCACAGUUUGCUCCCGGAUAUGUAAUGAAACGAAUUUGAUGGCGUUUUGUUGGACUUUUGGUAACUUGGCCGUUUGUCUGAAGUCCUGAGAUUAUAAUCGAACCUGUCGAGCACAAGAGUCGUCAAUCCGUGUAGGGGUUAUUUGUUUUAAAGCUGGUUAGACCCACAGCUAGUUGCCUUACCAUUGAAAUACAAGUCCAGUUAGCCUGUAUUCGCAGAGGUUGGUUUGUGUGCGUGGCUACUACACACUUAAAGACGUUUGACAUUUAAACAGUGUUGUGUCACUGGCUGGUCCAAGUGUAGCAUAUUGUCAGGUUUCUGUAGUUUGGCUAGCCUCUCUUGCGGUACUUUAAAAGCAAAAGAAGCGGCGGGAAGUUGUUAGCCCCGUCUGAUUAGCUGUAGCCGUGGUCCUGAAGUCAUUGCUCUCUAGUGGAUAGUGUGAGUCUCUUCUAUGCUUCACCGUCGAGCUGUUCGCAGACUGUCAGCAUGUUGAAGACACGACAGUGUUUACUCGGGAUUCGCAGUUUUCUCGGAGUGACGUCUAGAAUAUGGAGUUUCAUUUUAUACAUCCUCAGGAAGCAUCUACGAACGAUAAUCCAGUACCAAACAGUGCGUUAUGACACAUUACCUCUCUCCCCUAUUUCCAGAAACAGACUCCAUGCGGUGAAGAAGAAGAUACUGGUGUUGGAUCUGGAUGAGACUUUAAUUCACUCUCACCAUGAUGGCGUCCUUAGACCUACAGUGAGGCCUGGUACACCGCCAGACUUUAUCCUCAAGGUGGUAAUAGACAAACACCCAGUCAGGUUUUUUGUCCAUAAAAGGCCACACGUUGACUUCUUUCUAGAAGUGGUUAGUCAGUGGUAUGAGCUGGUAGUAUUUACAGCUAGUAUGGAGAUCUAUGGAUCGGCUGUAGCAGAUAAACUGGAUAACAACAGGGAUAUUCUCAAAAGAAGAUAUUACAGACAGCACUGUACUUUGGAUUUAGGGAGCUACAUUAAAGAUCUGUCUGUAGUACACAGUGAUCUCUCCAGUAUAGUCAUUCUGGACAACUCGCCUGGAGCUUAUCGAAGUCACCCAGACAAUGCAAUACCUAUAAAGUCGUGGUUCAGUGACCCAAGUGACACAGCACUUCUUAACCUGCUCCCAAUGUUGGAUGCAUUGAGGUUUACCUCAGACGUUCGCUCCGUCCUCAGUCGAAACCUCCACCAGCAUCGUCUUUGGUGAUCAUAUCUGGCAGGGCCAAUCUCUCUUCUGGUCGCUGUCUGUUUUUUACAUGGCUCUGCCCGCUAAGUGUUAGCCUCUCCUGCACUGGAACUGUCAGCCUCUUGUCAUCGUAAGCUCCCAUUAGUCAUAUGGACUCCUCUGAGGAAAUGCUAAGAAAUGCUGGGAGGACAGAAAGGAGAGACACAUGAUGAAGCGGCGAUUACAAUAAACUCAAGGCAAACGGAGAGGCCAGCAUUUUUUUAUUUUAUUUUAUUUUUUUCCUUAAAAAAUGGAAACUCUGCCUUACAGUUGUUGCAUUCAACAUGUGCAUGAUGGAGUGUUUCUGAGUGAAUGGGGGUGAAAGCUUCUGAUUUCAAUUUUACCUUUUAUUUUUUUUUAGGAAAAUUAAUCGGUGAAUCACUUCAUAAGCACUUACCCCCCCCCCCCCUCCUCAACAUCUGUGUUUGUCUUUUUAGUUUCGUAUGACCUUAGCACAAAUGGUCACAUGGUCUUAUCUACUCAUUCUCUCUCUAGGAUUCUGUCCUUCCUCUCUCCUUUGUUUUUUCUGUCUGCCAUCUCAGGUAUCUGGUCCUCUUCUCUGUUAAGAGCGAGAGCUGUUAAUACCGUUGUACUAAUAGUAUACUGUGGUAGAGAAAAAUGUACGAGAAGCAGGAGAGAAAACUACAGUUCAAAAUUACAGCUUAUGGUAUUAAUUUUCUGUGUUUUUUUUAAAUGGCUCAUAUGUGAAACCUCUGGUUAAAUCAGAGAGGUUUUCACGGAUGCUCUUUGAUAUGGAUACAUCAGCUACUGAAAGAGACCCUGAGCAACAAGGACUCUUCUAUAACAGAAAAAUAAAAUGGAGCCUUUUGUCAACAACUGAAA